AUGCAUUCUGUCCAUACAGGUUUGGUCAAACGUGGUAUUGCCUGGAAUGGAAAUAACUGGGCUAUGGGCUGUGAUUUUGUCAAUAAUGAUUUGAAAAAUGUUCAAGUGCGUGGUGAAGAUUGCAGUGGAAAAUGUGCUGAAACCCCUGGGUGUACUCACUUUGUAUGGGCCAACUGGAAUGGCGGUACGUGUUGGAUGAAACAAGGUUCUGUUUCCAAAAACGAUGCUAUUGCAACCAGUGAUCAAGGUAUGGUCUGUGGUGUGGUCUCCUCAUCCGGGUAA